UAAACAUUUACUAAUUAUUGCCUCAAACUUCAUUGAUUUUUUUUUUUUGGGUGGGGGAACUUCAUACAGUGCCAGACUGCAGACUAACCAAUACCAGGAAUGAUUUUCAAGCCCCCUGGACCAAGCUCAGUUUUUUAUUCUCAACAUUGUGGACUUCCAACCUAGAAGCUUUUAAAUCAUGGUUAGACAUGAGGCUUCAAUGCCAAAACAGAAAUGCUUCUUGCAAUGAGAAUAUUUGUCCAUAAUAGAACUGCUCCAUUUUGUAGUAAUGUUUCUGUGUUCUAUCUUUUCCUAGAGAAUUUUUUCAACAAAUCCUUAAUAAAUUCUCUCGACUAAGGCCUAAAUUUUCACAAUCUCAAUGAAAAAUCCAACCGUGUCUUAUGUGCCAUGUUGUGAUUUUUGUCUUGAGUAAUAAUAGUGAUUUCUGUAUUUUGUUAGAGACAAAUUUUCAAAUUGCAGUUGGCUGAAUUUGAGCAUUGGACAUCAUUCACAUUUUUAUUGCUCCCCAUUAUUGAAAGAAACUGCAAACAGAGAAGCUUUACCACAAGAUUGCUCUAGCUCAAAUCUAGCACCAAACUGAAAGGAUGUGAAUCAUUAUCUGAAAAUAUCUUGAAUGACCCAUAAAUUCUUCUGGACUCUAAACAGCUUUUGAAGGUGUGGCAUCAGCGUGACCGUGCACUACAACAUCCUAAACUCAGCAUAAGGUCAUAAGCUGCAAAACUCAAGCAAGAAGCCUGUCCUCUGAGUUCUUCAUUUAACAAUUUGAUAAUUUUAUUAAUCCGAAAGUAUAUUCCAUACCUCAUUGCAACAAGCAAGAAUAUGACCAUGUUCCCAUGUAUGAGACAAUGUGCCUUAUUGAAAAAAAUUGUGCCAAAAAACCUGAAACUAUGCAGGAUGAAUCAAAUUGAGAUCAUAAACCAUCAACUUCUUUGAAGAUCAUCACUCAUCAGUAUAUUUUCCUUAGAACUUGUUCAUAUUCUGUCACUUCAGAUGUUCACUGUUGAUUUGAAGACUCAACCAAGGAGCUGCUCAAGACUUUUACUUCUCUGGAUUUCAAAUUGAAUCGUGCUUGUCUCCUUAUGUUGUGUUACAUUUUAGAGCAAAUUGUCAAGAACCUGAAUUGAAAGGAAGAGGAUGCAUCAAAUUUGUUAUGGUUGCUGUUUGCAGAUCAUGAUGAAUAAAAUCGAAAGUCAUCUGGAAUUGAAACCAUCGCAGUUUUCUUCAUGCAAGUUCUUCUCAUAAAUUGAAAGAUGUGGAGUGGAUCAAAGAAUGAUUGAAUUCUGAUUGAAAAUGUGUAAUGAAGUUUGAUGCUGAUUUUUUUCUGCUUAUUUAUGGUUUCUGAAAACGGAAGAUUGCUAAACAGGAAAUAUAGUAUAGUGGAAGCUGCUGUAUUAACAAUUUUUUUGACACUUUUGAUUAUAAACAAUAGGUAUUAAUCAUUCAUUAACAGGGAUCAAUGCUCACUUACCAUUUUACAUGUUCCUAUCUAAUUCUAAAUUCUCCAAGUUUACCAUAACAAAGAAUUGAUUUCGAACAGUUUAAAUAUCUAUCUUUCAGAUUGCUAGACUGUAUUUGGUGGGCAAUAGGAUAUUAUUGAAGUCUAUGUUAGAUGGGAGUGCAUCUGUCACAAGACUUGAAACAUUUACAUUAAAUUAUUUAAAUUUUGCAUAAACGUAUAAUUGUUUUCUAAUUCUGCUAAAUGAAACUGUUUUCAUUGUCCAACAGUUAUUGUACAUUAAUAGAUUAGGGAAAUUGAAGGUUUAAUCUGAAAGACAACUUUUGAACUGAAAGAAAGCCCUACUACCAGGUGAGUUAUCCAUUACUGCCCAUGCAAAAUUAUUCAUUCAAGCCCAUACAAGGGUGGAAAAUAUAUCAUUUUCAGUUCAAACUGGAAUUCAAUUUGUUCUAAAUUAUGGACAUGGAUCAAAAAUGAAAAUUGAUGAGCAAUACACUAACAAGCUUAGGAUUCAUUUUGGAGGUUUAAUUUUUCCUUCCAUCAUCUUGAAACCAUUGACCUGCUACCAGCUGGGAAUGGAUCUUCUUUUACCAUCACUGAUCAAGCAUCUCUACAUGCAACACCAACUUCUUGAAAAUGGCUGAACAAGAAAUAUUGAUUGAAGAGCUGCUUUAUGUUGUCUUGAAUCCUGGAAAAUUUCUUGUCGACAUUGGCGAUGGACUUUCUACUGAAUGAAGGAGACGCUGCUGCAUUACUCCUUGACUUGGAGUCCUAUUCUCAUGGCAUCAAGAUUGAGCGUUACAAGAUUGUUUCAACAUUACCAGCUUUGACAUCACCUUGCCCCUAGAAAACUGUUCUACUCUGUGUGUACCAUUAUUAUUGGUAAUGUCAACACCAGCUUGAUGUUGCAUCUUUUCAACUUGAAUGGAUGAAAUUUAAUGUGAGCUACCAUGUAGCUCACUUUUCAGUGCCUCUUGUCUAUUGGGUGUCAAUAACUGGUACUGGUCACUUGAACUCACAGAUGAAGUCAACCAUGAAGGACUAAGAAAAUUUCUGAAAAAAAGAUUUCGAGUCAACACAUCUGAAGAUUCAAAACUCUUGUUCUUGUGGUUCAUGGAGGUUCAAUUAUAAUGGCACUGAGCUUAUCAAGAUUCUUAGUAUGUUGUGAUACUUCUUUAUAUGUAUUUGGAGGAAAUGUAAAAUAUAGUUCCUGUGCCACACUGCCUGGCCUCCAUACUAUCUACUCAAUCAAGUAAUAGGCAAAUCAUUCCUGAGGAAUGAAUUUUUUGAGAAGACAAAAGGAAAUUUUCAUCUAUGAAGAAAACAUUGUUGUUUAAACAUGCCCAUGCAUUAAAUGGAGCAAAGAUGUACAUCUUCACCCAUACAGUACUGAUAUUUAGAAAGUUCCCAAUGACUUGCUAAAUGACAUUGAAUUUUCGGAUUUUUUUGAGCAUUGAAAUGCAUAUCCUCCACUUUCAAACAUCUCUAGCAAAAUUCCACUAUGUGCAAUGCAUAACUUCUCCAGCAUGCAUCUUAUGCCUGAUGCAGAUACACGAAGGAUCCAUUACAUGGAUGAGGAAGAUGCAUCUCUGCCAUUUUAGUCUCCAUGCUCUACAGCUAAAUAAUGGCAUAGUUUCUGGUCAUGGGCCUCUCAUCUCCUUCCCUGCUAUAUACUGUCAGCAGUGCUUCAACAUGCCAUGAAUCAUCUGUACACAAAACCCCUUCUUUACAUAAAGCUUUCCAAAGGCUGCCCUGGAUGCGAUCUUAAAUCUUUACCCCUCAUGAGUUGUAGGAUUGGGAUUGCCAACAAAUUUGAAGGUGAGAAUGUCAAGUCACAAAUAUCAGAGCGAGAAGAGCAGCAAGAGUGACAAAUACUCUAGCAAGUACCUGGAUGAUGGCCACAAGUCAUCAUACAAUGACCAGUAUGAUGAUCACUACAGCAGCCGUGAAGCACCUAAAGUUGCCACUAAACCAUCGAAGAAAGCUCGGCCUCGUUCACCUGAUUACGACUCGCCUUAUGAAGAGAAAUCUUACAAACAGAAAAGUGACUAUCAUGAUAGUUACAAGGAUACUGGUUCAAAGAAGUCCAAACAGAAAGAUGAUUAUUACAGCUACAAGGAUGAAAAGGUUCCUCUCAAAAGAGAUUAUGUUGAAGAUUCAUAUAAGGAGCCUAGCACUUCAUACUCAAAGAAAUAUUAUGAUGAUGAUUACAAGGACAACAGAGCUUACCAAUCAGAACGGUUACACAAAGAGCCUUCAAAAACUUCAUACAAAGAACCUGCAAAAAGCUUGUACAAGGAACCUGCAAAAAGUUCAUAUAAGGAACCUGCAAAAAGUUCAUAUAAGGAACCUGUAAAAAGCUUGUACAAGGAACCAGCAAAAAGUUCCUACAAAGAACCAGCAAAAAGUUCCUACGAAGAACCAGCAAAAAGUUCCUACAAAGAACCAGCAAAAAGUUCCUAUAAAGAACCUGCAAAAAGUUCUUACAAAGAACCUGCAAAAGGGUCUUACAAAGAGCCUGCUAAAGCAUCCUACAAAGACUAUGAAGAUUCUUACAAGUCAAGCAAAGCGUAUGCUCCUUAUGAUUCACCUCCUGCCAAAGGGUAUAAAGAAUAUAACAAAGAAAGGGGAUAUUCAGCUUCUCCCCCUCGCAAACCCAGGCGUAGUUACUCGUUGUCUCCUAUGCGCAAACAGCCAUCAGCAUACGAUGACUAUCGUGCGGAGCCUGUAAGCAAAUCUCAGGGCAGUCAUGGCAGUAAGUUUUAUGGAAACCAGUACAGAGAUGAAGACUUCUAUGGCAAACACCCUGAUGGUGACUUCAGAUCUGCAAGUCAUGCCAGCAAGCCCUUUAAUGAGUUCCGUGGUCACAUGAGUAAACCCACAAUGGGAGAGUUUCGCGGAGGUGGGCACACAACUCAACCUCAGUUUAGAGAGUUCCGUGGGAGUGAGCAGGCAGGUAGUUCCUUAAUGGGCGAUUAUCGUGGUAGUGGACAAAUAGGCAAACCUCCUAUGAGCAAUUUCCGGCCAGGCGAACAAAUGAGCAAACCUGUUAUGGGAACAUUCCGUGGUGGAAGCAACAUGAGGCCUCCAAUGGGUAAUUAUCAUGGUCCCCAAAUGAACAGGCCACCAAUGCAAGAUUAUCGCUCAGGAAACCAGGCAGGCAAACUCAUGAACGAGUUUCGUGCUGGCGGUAAUUCAAGCAAGAUCCCUGCCCAUGAUUUUCGUGGCGAAGGUCGUGGUAGCAGAAAUCCUGGCAGGCAUUUUCGUGGAGGAUAUCACAUGGGCAGUUCUCGAGGUGAUGGUUUUGCUCGAGGCAUGGCUCCCAACAAAUCGCGGGGCGCCUCGUACAAUUAUGGCGAAGAUGCUCGCCCGACACCCGGACCUCCCCGUGGUAGGGGACAUGGUCGUGGUAGUAAUGGAUAUGAAGAGCGCAGAAACUCGUACUACAUCAGCGAACCUCCACCGCCAUUGCCAUCGAAAGAAAAGAAGUUCUCACAGUUCAAUGAAGUUGACAGACCUGUUGGAAAACGAAACGAACCUCCUGCCCAACUUUCCAGACAUUUUCGAAGGUAUGUGAUAGGUGACAGUGUUGUGUACGGGUCACCUGGCCACUACCCUCGUGGUCUACUCGACGCCUCUCCAUCGCCACCACGCAGCUCCAGAUAUCCAACAAAGAAGAAGUCUCUCAGCCCUCCCUCUGGGACGGAUAAUUCCCACCGCCAGCACACGCCGUCCCUGUCUCCUCAUUAUCCUCAUUAUGAUGACAGCAGGGGUCGAACCUCCCCAGGCUUCAUUAAUGACAAGAAACGUAAACUUUCACUUUCUCCAGCUCGAGUGUCAAGUAAAAAAACUGGCAGGGAGCUGACCAAGCGUCCGCCAUCCCCUCCGACUGCGGGUAGCUCUCAUGCACCAUUAAAGCAGCAGAGCGGAUCAUCUACAUCAUUAAACGCGGCCGACCGCCGCUGGAGUGAGGCAAGCAAAGCCUCGAGCCCUCAUAACAAAGGCGCCAGUCCUCGGAACGACCAAGUUUCUAGUCCUAGGAACAACAAGGGCUCUCCCUCGUUAAGCCCUCCUCCUCCUGAAGCUCGCUCACCCAGUUCCAAAACUUUGUCAGCCGCUAGACAUGACACAAAAUCAAGCUCAAGUGAUAAAGGAUCAGGAAAGUCAGGCAGUUCUUCUCGCAGUAACCGGUCUGGUAGCGAGCCGAGAAAUGGGAAAAAGGAGUCAACAGCAGCCUCGGCUCAGGGUGACAAUGACACUUCCCCGACAAAGAAACCACUACUGAACAACCCCCUGCCCUCGCCAUCCAGUGCUGAAGGUUUACUUGGCGCCAAGCCUCCUCUUCUGAGCACCCCUCUUCUCUCCCUCCUCACUCCUCUCAUGGGCGUCCGACCGACCCUGCCGAUGCUAUCACCGAUGAUGGGACGAGCAGGAGGGCUGCUGGACGGGCGGCUUGGCUUCGUAGGAAACUUGAGACGCCUUCCUGGCGAUGGCUUCAGAGGCGGCCGUCUCGGAGGCCGCGGCCGCGACAUGAUUCGCCAUCGUCCACUGGACCUACGGGGGCUGAUAGAGGCCCGCAAAGAGCGUAACCAACCUCAGAUGGGUCGCUUCCCUCACCCCGGUGUCAGUCGGCGAGGUGACCGCCAUAUGGCAGAGAAUCGUCGUCCUAGGCACGACAGCCAUGGCGAAGAUCAGGGAAGGCCGGGAUGGCAUCAAGAUGGCAGGUCGGAACCUGGUGAACGUUUCACGAGGAUGAACUCAAGACCCGAUGACCGUUUCCCUCGCAGGGAUCAAAGACAAGUCAUGCCGCGGCCAGAUGGUCGCAUGCAGCCACAAGACGGGCCGCGCAUUAGAGAACGUCUUCCGAUCCGCGGGGUCCUUGUUCGUAAGCCUCUCGUUAACCGCGGUGUACCUCGAAUCAACAACCGCAGAGUAUAUCUUGGUCGAGAGGGCGUCAAUGAUGUAUCCGGAGUACAGCGCCCUAGAGCAGCUAAUAUGGCAGGCCAGAUGCGGACAGGGCGAUCUUCUCCGAGCGGUCGUACACCUGGCCAGGCUUUGCUUGCCAACAGGAAUGUUGCCAUGAGACCCAAGCUGUCAUCACUUGCCAGCAACAGAACAGCUCUUCUCAAAAAGUACCAACGUCUAACUGCACGUAGUCGGCCCAAUAUUGCCGAUGCUCGUCGACCAGGCGUAGUAGGUCGGCCUCCACAGGGAGCGGUCAGUCGCAAGAAGCAAGACGCGUGGUCAGAAGGCCAACGUCACAGUGACGAGCGCACUCGGAAGUCUGAAAACGAUGAGCAUCGGCGCGACGACGCAUCCGGCAAACGUGAAAACGAAUACACUAGCUCCCGCAGAGACGCUGGCGGCCGCCGAGAUGACCGAGACCGGGAUGACAGCGCCGACCGGAGGGACGACAGCCGCACGCGACGUGAUGGCAGCCACGGACGAACAGGACAAAAAGCUAAAGGUGACGGGUAUCACUCGCCUCGCAAGCUGGAGAAGCAGCGCAAUGUUCGUGGGGCACCCGACAGGUCACCGAGAAUGUCGAGCGCCACUGGCGGGAGCAGCAAGAAUAAGCGGCAGUUGUCGAGAUCUCCUAGCACUUCGUCUAGUGUUGACAGGCGAGGCUCGUCAGGAUCGCGCUACUCCCGCAGCCCCAGACACAAUAAGUUCUCCAGGUCGUCUCCUUCCUAUGCUAAGAACUCUCCCACAAAAGAUAAGAGAUCUAAAUACUCGCCAUUACCUAAAAGCAGUUCUAAAUAUGCCGGUGAAAACUCUAAGCGACGCUCGCGUUCCCGCAGCAGAUCUUCGUCUCGCUCAAUGUCAUCUUUGAGUCGAGGUCAAAAAUCAGACUCGCCUUCUCUGUCUCCUUGAUUUCUCUAUGUAGAAUUUAACUUAAAUUUAAAUCUGUAAGGAGAGUCACAAUAUUGGAUUUAUUGUCAUUAGGUAUUAAUUUAGUUCAUACUGGUUAUGAAAAUAAAAAUAUUUUGGAAGUAUUCUGAAGCGUAAACAUUAUAAAGUAGUAUGUCGUGCGAAUUUGUAGAUUUAUUUAUUUCAGUGUACUAGAUGAAGUAAGGCAUUUUCUUCCUAUUAACUUGUGCAAGAAGCUCUCAAUCGAUGCACUUGAGGAAAAUUUAGGCAAGGAAAAUUACAGAAAAUCUAGGCAAGACUGUUCAAGCAUCGAGCUUUACCGGGUAGAGCGGGUACCUAUAUAAUUUAUUUAUGCCGUUCGAGUAAAUGUUGCCUAACUUGGGAUCUCGGUUUUGUUCUUCAUCUGCGCACGAUCUCGACCAAGUUUACUCGCGAUAUACAUUGAAUUCCUGCAAUAAUUCUAUUUUAUUCCAGGAUGUGAAUCUCUAGAAUCUACUGCGAUUAAUUUUUACUGACACACGACAGGUCCUCAUUUGAACGGCGCAGAAAUUGCCACAGAUUUCGAGAAUUGCAUAUCUUUUUCAAAGCGCGUCAAGUGAUGCACUAGUCGGACGUUAGUUCUCUUGCUAUACACGUUUUUUCCUAAGAAUCGUGUUCUUCGUUUUGCAGUGUGAUACUACAAUUGAUAUUGAUCAAUUAGUGUCGCUUAUCUGAAGCUACAGGAAAUUUACCUAAAUAAGCUGUCUCCUGUCCUGUUGAUAAGUUAUCUCAAGCAGCUCCAAUGAAUGAAUUAGUGAUCCGAUUACCUUGCUCUACGCCUUAUAGGCAUUUGUAAAUAAUAAUCGUCAAAUAAUUAAGGUAACACUAUUUUUUUCGGAAACUUUGUCGCGUCUGUUGAACAAUUUCUAAUUCAAUUUGAUUAGACGGCUGCUGUUUGUAAGUGUGAAGAUUGUAUAAAAUUGAAUUAAAUGCAAAA